UAUUUUGAAAUGUAAUUUGAAAUGGUUUUGAAUAGAAACUCAUAGUUUUUUGUAUCAUUUUGCAUUUUGAAGGAAAACAUUAUAAUACCAAACCAGCGUUUUCAUUGGGAAACUCAGCAGAAAAAACGAGACAAAGAAGCGAAAAAGUUGGCUGGAUGGUUUGAUAUCGAAGAGAAGGAACAUCUCAAAACAUACCCAUAUCGUCCACCAUCACCACGUAAUUCAACAUGGAAAUCAUACAUUGAAUAUCGCAUUAAAAUGUUACGAAAAGGAAUGGCAGCUUAUGCGACGCGUGAAUAUGCACGACUGAAUUUAGACCAUCACAUUCGCUCGACCAGAGUAAAUGAUCAAAUCGCCGUGCGUGUGACAAACAACAAACCGUCGUUGGUUCAAUUUGGUGCUUGGGCGAUGAAACCCGAUCGACCGUUUGGAAUAAAAAAGCGUAAAAGAUGUCCGGGAUCGCGUAAGUGUCGUGUGAGCAUUAAGAAACUUGGACAUUCAGAAGUUGAAAUGCAAGAUGAAUGGGGAACAUCACAAACAUGCGCGAAUUGUCAGGAACGUUUUCCAAAGCACACAAAAGAUGAUCGAUUUAAAGUGUGCUACGAUUGUAGAGCGAAAAAGAUUGAUGGCCUGCCAGAUUCAGUCGCUGGACUGCCAGAUAUCAUUGUGUCAACGGUCAACAGACGUGUUUUGAGAAGAAAACGUGCAAUUAUUAAGCGACAAAUUAUCGAUGGCAAUCGUGAGGCUGUGAACGAAAAACUUCGGACUGGGCGUUUAAUGUCAAAGGUUAAAGUUACCUACAAAAAUUGGCCAUUAAAUGUUGAUGAUGAUGAUGUUGUUCCACAAACAGUUACUUGGCACCGAGAUAUUGUUGCAGCAAAAUGCAUUAUGCUCAAAGGACUUUGCCGGAUCUUUGAUGUACCAUUGCCAGUUUCAUUGUUAAGACCGCCGGACUAAAACAACAAUGUCAACUAACAAACA